AAUUUUUCCGGUUGGCGUGACGUCACGUCCUUCAACUUCAUUUAUUUACAUUUUUAUCCCCUCAAAUAUUUUUAUUUGUGGGAUUUUUUCUCCUAAUUGACGUUUAGAUGUUUUCAGCUUCGGCAAACGGACUUAAAGGCUCCUUUAGUGUGGUUUACUACUUUGAUAGUUUUAAGAAAAGAAUGUUUGAUAAGAAGCUUUCACGCGGUUGUGGGAGGAGUCGCCCUCGUGCUGAGCCCGCCCCUUUUCACAGUCCUUGAGUGAUAAAAAGUGGAGUAAAUGCUCAAACAUGGAAAAGAAGAUAUUUAACAGAACUGGUUUUCAUAGUAGAACCCCGACAAAUACAAAGUAAUCAUGGUGAGUUCAAAAUUCCCCCUGGUUUCACAGAGAUGCCUGUUCCGGUUCCUCAACAGACUCCUGGCAGAAGCUCCUCAGAGCAGGACUCAUGCCAGCUCCUUCGCACAUCGCUGUGCACUUCGCCAAGCCAAACGAAUCGUAGUUAAGCUCGGCAGUGCGGUGGUGACCCGCGGCGAUGAGUGUGGUUUGGCUCUGGGAAGGCUGGCUUCUAUCGUGGAGCAGGUGGCCAUGCUGCAGAAUCAGGGCAGGGAGAUGGUGAUGGUCACCAGUGGAGCCGUGGCCUUUGGGAAGCAAAGACUGAGACAUGAGAUCCUGCUGUCCCAAAGUGUUCGGCAGGCGCUGCAGUCUGGACACAAUCAGCCCAAAGACAUGUCCGUGCCGGUUCUGGAGGCCCGAGCCUGUGCCGCAGCCGGACAGAGCGGUCUAAUGGCGCUAUACGAGGCCAUGUUCUCUCAGUACAGCACGUGCACAGCGCAGGUUCUGGUGACAAACCUGGAUUUCCAUGACGACGAAAAGCGGCAGAACCUCCACAGCACGCUGCAGGAGCUGGUGCGCAUGAACAUCGUGCCCAUCAUCAACACCAACGACGCUGUGGUGCCCCCGCCAGAACCCAACAGUGACCUGCAUGGGGUGAUAAGCAUUAAGGACAACGAUAGCCUGGCGGCACGUCUGGCUGUGGAGAUGAAGGCUGACCUGCUCAUCGCGCUCUCUGAUGUGGAAGGGUUGUACAACAGCCCACCUGGAACUGAUGAUGCCAAACUCAUAGACGUCUUCUACCCUGGAGACCAGCACUCCGUCACCUUUGGCACAAAGUCCAGAGUUGGGCUUGGAGGCAUGGAGGCCAAGGUCAAGGCUGCUCUUUGGGCAUUACAAGGUGGCACCUCAGUGGUCAUAGCUAACGGUACUAACCCAAAAGUAACGGGUCACGUCAUCACUGACAUUGUGGAGGGUAAAAAGCUGGGAACUUUCUUUUCUGAAACUAAACCUGCUGGGCCUUCAGUAGAGGAGCAGACAGAAAUGGCGCGCAACUCUGGGAGAAUUCUUGCAUCUCUGCAGGCGGAGAAGAGAAGUGAGAUCAUCUGUCGUCUAGCAGACCUGUUGACUGAAAAGACAGAGGAAAUAGUGGCAGCCAACAAAAUGGACAUGGAGGUUGCAAGCAGUUCGGGUCGUUUACCUCCUGCCAUGUUGAAGCGCCUGAGCCUGUCAGCAGCCAAAAUCAACAGUUUGUCUAUAGGCAUUCAGCAAAUAGCCACAUCCGCCCAGAACAGUACGGGUCGUGUGCUGCGGCGGACAAGGGUGGCUCCCAACCUGGAGCUGGAGCAGAUCACAGUACCCAUCGGAGUUGUUCUGGUUAUCUUUGAAGCCCGGCCUGACUGCUUACCACAAGUAUCAGCCCUGGCUAUAGCCAGUGGCAACGCUCUUCUUCUGAAAGGUGGCAAAGAAGCAGCUAACACCAACCGUGUGUUACUCCAGCUCACCCAAGAAGCCCUCUCUAUGCAUGGAGUAAGAGAGGCUGUGCAGAUGGUGAGCACUCGUGAGGAGGUGGAGGGCCUGUGCCGGCUGGACAAAAUGAUUGACCUGAUUAUCCCCAGAGGGUCGUCCCAGCUGGUGCAGGACAUCAAGCGGGCGGCCAAGGGCAUCCCGGUGCUCGGUCACAGCGAGGGCGUCUGCCACGUCUACGUCGAUGCUGAUGCGCGUGCCGAUAAAGUUAUCGGAAUCGUGAGAGACUCAAAGUGCGAAUAUCCUGCUGCAUGCAACGCAAUGGAAACUCUGCUGAUCCAUAGAGACAUCCUCAGGACGCCACUGUUUGACCAGAUCGUCGACAUGCUUCGAACUGAACGGGUGAGGAUUCAUGCAGGCCCACGGUUCGCUUCAUACCUGACGUUCAGUCCAUCAGAGGCCAAGUCUCUGCGGACCGAAUACAACGACCUGGAGUGCUGCGUGGAGGUGGUUGACAGCAUGCAGGAGGCCGUAGAGCAUAUUCACAAAUAUGGCAGCUCCCACACAGACGUCAUCAUCACAGAAAAUGAGAAAACGGCUGAGCAGUUCUUGCAGCAGCUGGACAGCGCCUGCGUUUUCUGGAAUGCCAGUUCUCGUUUUGCCGAUGGUUAUCGGUUUGGUCUUGGUGCAGAGGUGGGUAUCAGCACAACUCGCAUCCACGCCAGGGGUCCCGUGGGCAUUGAGGGGCUCCUCACUACGAAGUGGGUACUUAGAGGGGAUGGCCACACGGUCGCUGACUUCUCCGAACAUGGAACCCAAACGUACCUCCAUGAAAGCCUGCCUUUGGGACAGGAAGUAGUCACACAGAGCGACAGCAACUAGAAUAUAAAAAAAAGAUUAUUUUUUUAUUUUCAAGGUGAUGCUAUUUUCUGCAGCAGUCCUGGAUUAAAUAGUACGUUAGCGACGUACUUUCCGUUACUGAUGGUGAAAAAAAUGAUAGUAAAUCUCCAUGUUCUCUGGAUCUCCAGAGUUUUAGCACAAGUUUACAGAUUAAUAGAUUAGUCUUGUAAAUGAGUAUUAUUUAUCUCCUGAAGGAGGACUUAAAAUAAAAAGAUGCAGCACUUAAAGUUGUUCAUAAGUGAAUACAAAUAUUUUACCAAAUAUUGCUGAAAAAGCUAUUAUGAAGUAAAGAAAUGUGCCACAUAAUUUGUUUUAUUAAUGUAGUAGAUUGGGUUGUUAAUUUAUUAUUACUUGACUGUUGCUAAAUAUAUUUCUUUAUGGUGCAGAAAAAAGCACAAAAGCAAAAUGUUUUAAACUUAUUAUUUAAAUUUAGUUCAGAUUUUUUACUUUCCAACUUAAAGAGCUCAGAAUUAAGAUAAAAGAACUGUGAGUUACACAUUAAACUCGCACACAUUUGUACUUGAAUCGUUCUUGGGUUGAUUAUUGUUGCACGUUGUGCUCAUUUUACAGUGCUUUGUUACUUUUCUGCUUGUUCCUCGUGGCGCUCAAAGCCUCUGUCAGAGCAGGAAUCGUAAUUGACAAGCUUCCUCCUUUAAGCUUGAGGGGGAAUGAGACUUCUUUUAAAUGAAGCUCUGCAACAUCCCAGCCUCUGAGCUGCUUUAUGAAGUCUUCCAGUGUGCACCUCGGCACUGGUUUAGGUUUAUUAAAAGGUGUAAUGGUUUGAAAUUAAACCGAGUUUAAAAAGAA